GAAAGGACUGUUUGGGAUAAUUUACAAAGAAUUUGUUUUCUUCCUACCUGGCAUCUUGUGGAACUGGACACAAAGUGGAAUAUUUAUCACUGAUCCUCGGGAGUCUUACGUCAGUGGAGAAAAGAAAGCUUGUGUAGAGCAGGCUACACAGCGGAGGCAGAGCAGGGCAGAGGGGUGCUGGAUGGGGGCCACAGCCGGGCCUGAUGGCAGGAGCCCAGACCUCAGAGAGCUCUAAUCACGUCCUCUAGAAGGAGCCGAGGUGCUACAGUUCACGUGGAGACACUGAAAAGGUUGUGUGCCCAUGAGGUCGUCCAUGCUGGUCCUGCUCCUCCUCUUCAGUGUCCGGGCUGUGGCCGCCAACGGAGGAGACUCUUGUGCCGCCACGACGACCCAGCAGCAGGACUCAGGCAAGGACCCAGAUUCCACCCCCACAGUGGACCCCAAACUCCUCACAAAGCGGCGCUUCCUCUCGCCCCGGGUGCUCUUCAGCGCUCAGCCUCCCGAUGCAGACCCGGCGGGGUCGCAGGGUCCCGGUAGGAGGGCCCGCAGGCGAGCAGGGCAACCUCAGCACCGAGGAGUGUACUCCGUGUGUGAGAGCAUCAGCGUGUGGGUGGGCAACAAAACCAAAGCAACGGACAUUUCAGGCAACGAGGUGACAGUGCUGCCGGAUGUGAAUAUCAACAAUGUCAACAAGAAGCAGUACUUCUUUGAGACGACGUGUCACAGUGCGCGCUCUGGCAGCUCUGGGUGUUUGGGGAUCGAUGCCCGACACUGGAACUCCUACUGCACCAACUCACACACGUUUGUGCGAGCGCUGACCUCCUUUAAGAAGCUGGUGGCCUGGAGGCUCAUACGCAUCAACGUGGCCUGCGUGUGUGUGUUGAGCCGCAAGUCGUGGCGGCAGUGAAGACUUUUACUCCACAUCACACAAUCAGUACAAACACAGACACACUCACCACCCUAUGCACAAAGUAAAUUAUUGGUAUAUGAAAAGGUAUCAGGACUGCAUGUAUAAACACCAGGCCUGGGUCAAAUGGUAUCUGCAGCUCGUAGCUAUGUGGGAGUACAAAACACUGAGGGCUUGUUGCUGCAUCGCCUAGCAUCUGUCUGUUAGCAGCUGUUUAUAACAGGAAGUCCAACAGUCUUUUAUUAUCUCAUCUCUCAAUCCUCUAAUAACAAGUUCACCUUAAAGGGGAACUCCAUCACUCUUGUACUUAUGUUUACAUGUCCUGAGGAGUGUUUCUGAGCUCUAGGGGGAGCUGCACAUAUUCAUAAACCGCCUGAAAUGAUGCCACUUGAGUCAGUUAAAGUUAAAGAUUACAAGUUCAAAAAGACCAGAUCAUCAGACUCUUAAGUCAAAAUCAAAGAGAGGUUAGCAAACCCUCUGUAGCCAGACUCUCAUCUGUGCUGAAGUGAGCAGCUCAGACUAAAUGAUUUGCUACACUUGAUUCUUUGACUGGACUGUUGUUGCAUUGUGGGUAAUGUAGGCGCCUUUUAACAAGGGAAUAGACAGUGGGGAAAGACAUCCCUGAUACUGCUGUAUCAAUUUUGACAAAGAUUAUAGUAGUAAAAAGCCUAAGUGAGUACUUUGUUUCUGUUAAGAAUUCUCUAAUAAGCAAAGUUAUGAAAAAACAGCUCUUCACUCAGAGUAAAAAAAAAGAAGAAACAUGGAUCAGAGAUCAUUCUAUCACAGCAUGAGGAAGAGGAGUAUCUCUUAAUUAUUUGGUAUGUUUGAUCAAAUCUAUGUUUAGAGCGAGGGACAAGGUUUUAACCUACCUCUGAAUAGUUGUUCAUCUUCUUUUAAAGGGACAUACAGCUUAUUUUACUCUGCAAACUCUAACCACAACUACCAUUUUUCAUUUUCAUCAUGAAUAUGAAAAUUGUUUUUUUUUCAUUAUUAUUAUUAUUUAUUAUUACUAACAUUUAGGUUAUAUAAAUAUGAAUAAAAUAUUUUUUGUUAACUGCAUGAAAGAAUAAUUCUGAGUUUAGUAAAGCCUUGACAGGGCACACAAUGAUACAAAGUGAUUCAAACUAAAUAUAGGAGAAGGCUCACUUUAUUAAUCCCUGAGUGGAAAUUCAGUUAUUUCACUCUGAAUAUUGAUUCACAUAUAAAUAGACCUAAAAUACACACACACACACACACACACACACACACACA